AUGCCAACAUUGAUUGCACACGGAGUACAAGAUAUGAUUGUAACGAUUGAGCAUGGCAAAGCAUUGUAUCAAUUAUGUCCUGGAGCUGUAAAACCAUUAUGGAUACCAGAUGUUGGCCAUAACAAUCUUGAAAAUAGCUCCAUGUUAUGGCGUCGAAUGCGAAAAUUUAUUAAUAGAGAAGCGCGACCACCUUUACAACGAAAGAAACGUAAAUCAUCCAUGAAAGAUAUCAAAAAUAAAGUCAAUUUAUCAAGUGAUAAUAAUGAUAAGAAUGAAACAAAAGAAGUUUUUGGUACAAAUGUCAAAUAG